CCCUUUACCGUUUCCUUGAUGUAGCAAGGCUUCAGUGCAUCCUUAGCGUAGCGUUUAAAGUGCCUGUCAAAGUGAUUCACUUUCUCUAGUGACUAGUUAUCUAAAGUAGUUAUUUUGGUCCCAUUCAUCUUGAAAUGGCCCAAAACGGCACCAAGAUGGAAUUUGAUGCAGAACGCUGGCUGGAAUCUUCAGGGAAACCUCCACCCCCUGGACCCUAUCUUGUGCUGGAAGAAAAUAUUUUAAAAGACUUAUACAACAGUUUCUACAGUGAACCUAAGAACAUAUUGGCCCAGAAUGUUUGUACUAGACAUGAUCCCCUAGAACUUGCCAUCAGUAGAAGAAGAAUGUCAGAGAUGAAUAAUGUUUUUACUCACAAGAUUGAGGUAGAGGGCAAACCAGUCACAAAUCAGAAGAACAGUGGUCAGUGUUGGUUGUAUGCCUGCUUAAAUACAAUUCGCAUCCCAUUCAUGAAUGCCUUCAAUCUCUCAGAGUUUGAAUUUUCACAAGCACAUCUGUUUUUUUGGGAUAAGGUCGAGAGAGCCAAUCAUUUCCUUCAUAGCAUCAUUGCCACUGCCAGCCAUGCUAUUGAUGACCGAACUGUGUGCUUCCUCUUAGCUGAUCCAAUAAAUGAUGGAGGGCAGUGGGACAUGAUGGUGAACCUCAUAACAAAGUAUGGUCUCAUACCCAAAAAAUGUUUUCCAGAAAGUUUCAGCUCUGAAUGCACUGUUCGAAUGAACAAUAUUUUGAAAAGCAAGUUAAGAGAAUAUGCUCAUGAAAUUAGAUCCGCUGUUAUCAAGGGUGCAGAUAAGCCUGCUCUGCAGCAACUGGUACAUAGGCAGAUGGGUACAAUAUUCCGCAUAAUUGGUAUUUGUCUUGGGGUUCCACCCACAACCUUUACAUGGGAGUACUACCACAAUAAAAAUACCUAUGCCUCUAUUGGUCCCAUUACUCCCCUUGAAUUCUAUGAGCAGCAUGUCCGUCCUCUCUUUGAUGUAAAAGACAAGGUAUGUUUAGUAACAGAUCCAAGAGAAACAAGUCCAUAUAAUAAUGUAUACAAUGUUCAAUUUUUGAACAAUGUGGUUGGUGGGAAACCAGUUCUUUACAACAACCAGCCGAUAGAGGUCCUUGAGCAAGUUGUAGCAGAAAGUAUCAAGCAAGGAGAAGCUGUUUGGUUUGGUUGUGAAGUUUUGAAAAGAUUUGCACUUAAGCUAGGUGUGAGUGAUUUAGAUGUGCACGACUAUGAAGUUCUGUUUGGAACGGAUGUUUCUCUGCCUCUUACGAGAGAGGAACGUCUUUUGUACCAUGACUCUGCAAUGACCCAUGCAAUGGUCUUCACAGGAGUUUCACUUGAUGGAAAUGGUCGGCCAACUAAAUGGAGAGUUCAAAACUCAUGGGGAGAAGAUCGCUGUGACAAAGGGUACAUAACUAUGAGUGCUGAAUGGUUCCGGCAGUAUGUAUUUGAGGUCACUGUUGAUAAGAAAUACCUCUCAGCAGAAAUUUUAGCUGUAUUUGAGAAAAAUCCCAUAGUUUUACCGCCCUGGGAUCCAAUGGGUGUACUAACCCAAGAAAAAACUGAUUAAAUACCUCUACCAGUACUUAAAUAGAAGAUCUGAGAGUCUGGAAAAAACCAUUGAUACUGAUUUUACUGAAGUUAGCUCAAUUUGUACAUCACUUAUAGAUAAAAAAAAAAAAAGACCUCAGUGUUACUUUUUGAACACUGAAUUUUUAUCAAAACUCAAUCACAAUUUGAAAAAGUUGUACGGUUUGAAAAAUAUUCUAUUCACUCCAAAAACUUUUGAAACUUAAUUCUCUUAUGUAUAUAUACUGAUUGUUUUAUUAUUUUUACUAGAUAUAUUGACCAUGAUAUUAUAAAAGUAAUAAUUUUAUAAGGUUAAUGAAGAGCAAACAAGACCUGUAAUUGAUUAACUUAAAUUAUCAAGUUGUGUAUAGACUUACUUGUCAGGUCAUGUGAUACAAACCUCUGAUUAUUUUAAUUUAUGAAGAAAUCCAGUGUAUUUGUUGUUGAUUUGAUUAUGAGCAUAAUUUAAUUAUUUUAAGUACUACUAUAAAAUUAACAUUCAUUGUGGCAGGACCUCCACCCUUUCAGUAGGAGAUGAUGUUUUGUAAUGGAGAAUGUAACUUUGCCGUGCAAAGGAUAUUGUAAAUUUAAAUUAAUUAACUGCACCAUUAAACAAAUAAUAACUUA